UCUCCAGAACUACUCAGAGUCACCGAGCUGGAAGGAAGUAGCCACGUCUCUGUGGCACCGAAAGGAGAGCAAGGAAGGAAAGUAUCUGCCUAUAAAGACAACAGAUUAAGGAUGGAACCAUCAAAAGAAUAUCUAUUCAGUUACAAAGGGUUUUAUUUUUCUGUAACUACUACACCUGAGUAUGUAGCUUCCCUGGAGGAUUUUGAAAUCAAUGAUAGUGACAUAUUUAUAGCAACUUACCCAAAAUCAGGAACUGUAUGGACUCAGAACAUUAUGAGCUUAAUAAUGUAUGAAGGCCACCGUACUGGAGCAGAAAAUGUGGACAUCAUGCAGAGAGUCCCAUGGCUGGAAUACAAUAUUGGAAAAACAGAUUAUACGCAACGUCCUCUGCCUCGUGUUUUUGCCACCCACCUGCCUUACUACUUAGUUCCAAGAGACCUGAGAAACAAAAGAGCACAUAUUAUUUAUAUUACCAGGAACCCUAAGGAUGUUAUGGUUUCUUACUACCACUUCUCCAAAUACAUGAAUACGCUAGAGGAAAUACCGGAUCUUAACGUUUUUAUGGAUAGAUUUUUAGCUGGAAAAGUCCUUGGCAGUUCAUGGCUGGAUCAUGUUGUAGGCUGGUACAAUCAUGCAGAGGAUUUCAAUAUACUCUUCCUUACCUAUGAAGAAAUGAAAAAGGAUCUCAGAAGCGCUGUACUGAAGAUCUGUAAGUUUGUGGGCAAGAAGCUGAGUGAAGAGGAGGUGGACAAUGUUGUGAGACAGGCUACAUUUGAGAACAUGAGAAAGGAUCCCAGAGCAAACUAUGAGAGCCUGCCAGAUGACCUCGUAAAAAAAGAAAAGGGCAGUUUUCUACGAAAAGGCACUGUUGGAGACUGGAAAAACAUCAUGACAGUGGCACAGAACGAAAAGUUUGACAAAGUUCUUCAAGAGAAAAUGAAGACCCUGCCCAUCAAAUUCAUCUGGGAUAUUAAUGAAAUGUAGGCUGGUUUUGAGUUUCAUCAUCCUUUGGUGUUUAUACUAGAUGGACAUAUCUGAAGCACUGAAAGAAGAAAAUGCAUCCAUUUUCAGCUAUGUUAUAGAAAUAAUAACAAUGACAACUCAGUCAAAAAAUGUGAGUUGUCUGAGGAAGCUACUCAGUUCCACCAGUUUUCUGUUUGCAAUUUUACAAGGUAUUUUAAUAAACUUUCUAAGUAAACCAA